CCGGAGGAUGAAUAUUUCAUUGUUCAAUAUUAAACAAUAUUCAUUGUUUAAUAUAUCUUAAAAACACUUGUUGUCAAAUAUUAAAUGUUUAAUUCUUAUAAUAGCAUACUUUUGUCAUUGUAACAACAUAGCGCCGCUGUCGAAAGAAAGCUACACUUGAAACUAUAAGCAAAAUUGUAGAAUGUUUAAUUUGUUCAUCAUUAACAUGUGCAUGUCUAUCAUGCUUUUCGCUUUGUUCUGAAGUGUGCUGCUCCAGACGGUGGGAGGUGUGUGGUGGGCUGGACUGUCAGUCACAGACACCGCAGGAAAAGAGCAGCAGACGCGCGUUCUUCCAUUGCGCGCGCGAUUACUUUCCCGAGGUCUGAACUUCUGCACAUUAAAGAUGGAAAUAUAACAGCUCCUAUUUGAACGAAACACGACACGAAUGGGUCUCAGUGAAGAAACUCUGCGGUUCGUGAUAUCUGAUGGCAGAUGUGUGCCACCGACAUGACAGUACAGGGUGAGGACUGACCCGCUCGCCAAACACCCAUCUGUGACCCGUCUUACCUGUACGAUCCGCACCUGUCUGGAAGAUCCUGUCCAAAUCAUCUCGCAAUGAUCAACAAACAGAUCGUCCUGCAUUACAACUACACGGGGAAACUAGACAAUCGCAAUGAGACCGAAGUGGACCCCAAAACGAUGGUGUCUUUGGUCAUUUGCAGCCUCAUCAUCCUGGAGAACCUGAUAGUGCUGGUGGCCAUCUGGCAAAACCACAAAUUUCAUAACCGGAUGUACCUUUUUAUCGCCAACCUGGCUGUGUGCGACUUGUUAGCGGGUGUGACUUAUAUAGUCAACCAGCUGAUGUCAGGACAGUGGACGCUACACUUGUCUCUGACCGAGUGGUUUGUUCGAGAAGGGACUAUGUUUGUUGCAUUAAGCGCGUCUAUUUUCAGCCUACUGGCGAUUGCGAUCGAACGGCAUCUUACUAUGAUCAAAAUGAGGCCUUAUGACGCAAGCAAAAACUAUCGGGUGUUUCUGCUCAUAGGAAUGUGCUGGUUGAUUGCGAUCUCACUGGGAGCGCUGCCUAUUUUAGGCUGGAACUGUUUAGAAAAUCUUCCUCAGUGCUCGACCAUCUUACCUCUUUACAGCAAGAGCUACGUCGCGUUCUGCAUCACCAUCUUCAUCUCGCUCCUGCUGGCCAUCUCCAUCCUCUACGCCCGCAUUUACAUCCUGGUCAAGAGCAGCAGCCGCAAAGUCACCAAGCACAGCAACUGUGAGAACUCUAUGGCCCUCCUGCGCACCGUCAGCAUCGUGGUGGGCGUCUUCAUCGCCUGCUGGACGCCCAUUUUCGUGCUGCUCCUCGUCGACGUGGCCUGCGAGACCCAAAAGUGCCCGUUUCUGCUCUACGCUGAUUGGUUCAUCGGGCUGGCCGUCUUGAAUUCGGCCAUGAAUCCCGUCAUCUACACGCUGGCCAGCAGGGAAAUGCGCCGGGCGUUUUACAGGCUCGUGUGCGGGUGUUUGGUGCGGGACAGCGCGGUGGGGUGCAAGCAGAACACAGCGGAGCCCAGCCGGAGCAAAUCCAGCUCCAACUGCCCUCGGGCGGCCGAACCGGAAAACCCAGACGCCAACGUGCAGAAUCAAGCUAACACAAGCUGAAGCGCUCAGUGUGUUUGCUCACAUGCACACUGCAGCAUUAGUGCAUGCUAUAGAAUUUUAAGUGCACUAUUAGUGCAUACUAAAGUGCACAAUAAAGCAUCAGCACGUUAAGUGCAUAUUGAACAAUGGAAAGCAGUUUUAAUCCUAACAGAUGCUUUCAUUUGAGAUCCCAGCCAAUCUGUUCUUACACUGCAUAAAAUGUUUCUUAGUAUUUUUCAGUAUUUACACUCUUAAAUCAAGGCACACUGAGAAAUGACAUUAAGAUAAGAAGUCCUGUUUUCUGAAAAAUGUAAGUUUUUUUGCUUCGAACAAGAAAAAUGAUCGGUAACACUUUACAGGAAGGUUCCGUUUGUUAACUGUAUUUAAUGCAUUAACUAACAUUAACUAAUAAUGAUUUUUAGAGAAUUUAUUAAUCUUUGUUAGUUAAUAAAAAUACAACUGUUCA